AUGAAACUAAUCUUGAUCUUUGCCUUCCUGGGAGCAGCAGUUUGGCUCCCCUUGGACUAUGACGACGAUAAGAUUGUGGGAGGCUAUGACUGCAGGAAGAACUCUGUCCCCUACCAGGUAUCUCUGAAUAAUGGGCACCACUUCUGUGGCGGGUCCCUCAUCCAUGACCGAUGGGUGGUGUCAGCAGCUCAUUGCUACAAAUCGCGCAUGCAAGUGGUGCUCGGAGACCAUGAUAUUUAUGAGGAGCAAGGGGAUGAGCAGUUCAUCCAGGCUGAAAAAAUAAUUGUCCACCCAGAUUAUAACCCUAUGUACUUGGAUAAUGAUAUUAUGCUCGUCAAGCUGGCAAAGGGGGCUCAAAUUUCCUCACGUGUCUCACCCAUCGUCUUGGGCUAUGGAUGUCCCGCUCCUGGAACUGAGUGCCUGGUCUCAGGCUGGGGCAACACUCUCAGUGAAGGUGUGUACUGGCCCAAAGUUCUGCAGUGUGUGAAAGUGCCAAUCCUAACAGAUGCUGAAUGCAAAAAAGCUUACCCAGGAAAUAUCAGCGACAACAUGAUCUGUCUCGGGUACAUAGAGGGUGGCAAAGAUGCUUGCCAGGGCGAUUCUGGUGGCCCAGUGGCAUGUGAUGGAGUGCUGCAGGGCAUCGUUUCAUGGGGAAUUGGGUGUGCCCUUCCCGGGUACCCUGGCGUAUACACCAAGGUCUGCAAAUACGUUAACUGGAUCCACGACACCAUUGCUGCUAACUAAAGCAGCCACUUCUCCUGUUGCUUCAAC